AAAUUUUAGUUUAAAAAUAUGGAAUUAAAUACAUAAAAAUAAAAUAUCGAUAAACUGUUAACGGUGCUGUAUUCACCACUGUGCGCCUAACAGCACGCACCGUUGGCCGUGGUGAGCGCGGUGUACCAACAGUGUGGUGGAUAUACACCAGUUGCCUUAGAUUGCCGGAAAAAACAAAAACAAUAAAAGAAAAUACAGUAAAAACAGCGAUUAAAUACACCCUUAAUUACCAGAUAAACUUCCCGAUGGCCGAUAAGAAAACAAGAAAGCCAUAAGAUCCAGAUAAGAUUGGGAUUGGAAUUGAAAUCGCCAAGAAUCGCCAAGAAACGCCACGAAUCACCAUCUCCAUUUGCCGGAAUUUAAUUCACUCGAACGCCCGGUGGUAUUCGUAUAUCAAGACUUUCGAUCCCGGAAUAAAGGAAAUAUAUAUAUAAAAUAAUGCCCGAAUAUGUACCAGCACGUGGGUUCAAGGAGAUGGAGAAUCUUCUUAGGCUCCACGAGAACCGGAGCUAUCCCGUCUACAUCUACUUCUAUGGCGAGAAGGACAAGCAGGGACGCAGCUGGUGUCCGGAUUGUGUGGCUGCCGAAGAAACGAUAAUGACUGCCUUUCGAAAUAACGCUCCGUCGGACUGUGUAAUUCUGGUGGUAGACGUUGGUAAUCGAGAAUUCUGGAUGAGCAAGGAUAACGAUUUCCGCAAGGCGCCCUACUUGGUAGAUGGGAUACCGGCCCUGCUCCACUGGAAGGGCGUGGAGCGUCUAGAUGGCGAUCAGCUGCUAAAGAAAAAUCUACUGGAGCUCUUCUUCGAGGAGACCGAUUCGCGCACGAGCAAAGGUGUCACUCAAUAAAAUGUGAUUUGAGUUGAAACUCA